AUGACCAAUAUAACAGAGACAAAUGAAUCUCAGAGCAUCACAAAUGGAUUGUUUGAUGUUGCAAGAGGGAGUUCCUAUAAAAUAGUGGGAGCGGUCUUCAUUGUUAUUGCAGCAGGAUCUUUAAGUUUGGCGACCAUUAUUGGAAACAUUCUGAUCCUAGUAUCUAUCAAAGUAAACAGACAUUUGCGAACUAUUAAUAACUACUUUAUUUUCAGCUUAGCCUGUGCGGAUUUUAUUAUUGGUGCAUUCUCUAUGAACCUAUACACCAUUUAUAUUGUAAAUGGAUACUGGCCUCUGGGUCCAGUGGUAUGUGAUUUAUGGCUUGCUGUAGAUUAUGUUGUCAGUUAUGCCUCUUCCAUGAACCUCCUUAUGAUCAGCCUUGAUCGCUAUUUCUGCGUGACAAAGUUGGUUCGCUACCCUGUGAAGGAAAGACCUAAGAUGGCCUUGAUGAUGAUUACAGCUGCUUGGGUAUUGCCAUUUAUCCUAUGGGCGCCGUCCAUUAUCUUCUGGCAGUACAUCGUAGGGAAGCGGACAGUUAACGAAGGUGAGUGUUACGUACAAUUCUUCUCAAAUCCUGCCGUCACUCUUGGUAUCGGUACAGCUUCUUUCUAUCUCCCAGCUAUAAUCAUGGUGACUUUGUAUACAUUCAUAUCUCGUGCAAGCAAAUGCCGAAUUAAACAGGAUAAAACAGUGCCUGAAACAAGCAAUUCCACAGUUUCUUCUAGCCCAGUGAAAGACAAAAUAGCAAAAGCAAAUAAUAACAGAAUUCCAACAAUUCCUGAUGUGCCUCUGCAUGACCAAAUACAAAGUGGCAAAAUACCCGGUCAAUUGACAGCUGAUAGCUAUGACCAAAGUCAUCAAGAUGAACUCACUAAUGACUCAACUUAUCUCAGUGCAUUGCCUAGUAAUGAGAAUCAGGAAGAAGCAAUCCAAGGCAAAACAAACGUUUAUGUGGCACAAAAUUAUUUUAGGAUUGACAACUCCAAUUUCUUCUCAACGAAGGUAGUUUGUAAAUCUGAAAAAGAUGUCGACUGUGGCAACACAGUAGGAAUACUCCCAAAUAUCAACAGGAAGAAAAGGAAUGGCCGAAUGAUAAGAACAGGCCAUAAUUUAGUUAACAUAAAAAGGACUACAAUGAAGAAGGUAUCUAAAUCGCGAGAGAAUAAGGUAACCAGAACCAUAUUAGCUAUCAUCCUUGCAUCCAUUAUUACUGGAACACCGUACAAUGUCAUGAUGCUGUUGAGCACUUUCUGCUCAAUUUGUGUCCCUGACACAUUGUGGACCAUUGGAUAUUGGCUCUGUUACAUCAACAGCACCAUCAACCCAUUCUGUUAUGCUCUGUGCAAUACCAUCUUCAAGAAAACCUUCAAGAAUCUUCUCUCAUGCAAGUACAAAAAUAUUGGUACAACAAAAUGA